GCAAACAUUCAGCAGCAGGUUUUUGUACGACCAUUUCUCACUGUGGGAGGAAAGUGGUACAACAUCUUUGGCUCUGGAACUAAACUGUAUGUAACAGAUGAGCAGGUAGUGCAGCCCGUGGUGAGCGUGUACCCAGCAGCAUCCAGAGUCCACCUGGAGGGGAACAGCUCCCUGCUGUGUCUGGCCUCAGCCAUGUUUCCUCCUCUGGUCCGCUUCUCCUGGAAAAGACAGAAGGAGGACGGCCAGCUGGAGGAUGUGGACCCUGCUGAGGGAGAGCAGCUGGAGAUCAGAGAGCCGGGACGCAGCGCCUCCAUCUUGCUGAUCCAUCAGCAACAGGACAGCACAUAUAAAUACAGCUGCUACGUCCAGCACGAGGGGGGACCAGUGGAGGCCCAGACACAACAAGAGCUUCCAGCUCCAGCAGCCUCCUGUCCUCCAGAGAGAGAGCCAGCAGACCUGCCAGCUCUGCAGCAAGCUCACUCCUCCUUCCAGGUGAAUCUGCUCUGUCUGCUGUCCACAGUGCUGAUAGUGAAGAGUCUGGUGUUCUGCUGUGGACUCUCUCUGCUGAUGAUCCUCACAAACAAGGGACCGUCCACCAACUGCACACAUGCUGACUGACUGUUUGCUGCUGGACUUUUCUCAUCGUCACAUCUCAUCAAUACAUAAUUAAGAUGUACAGUGACCAGAAGUGUCAGCUUUGACGUGUUGUCCUUGAUCAUAAAAUACUUCUCUUAAUUCACAUGUUGGAUCUUCAUCCUACAAGUGUAAUGUCAGAUAUUCACAUAUAUAUUUUCAGUGUUGGAGUUAAAAUUCUACAGGACAGUGCUCUUUUCAUAAUUGAGUCUUAUGUUACUUUAUGAAUUAUUCUGUAGAGUGCGACAGGUUUAUCAAUCAACACAAUAAAAUUGCAAUGUUUAUGUUUGUUUAACAAAUUUUAAUAGCUGUUAUAGCAACUGGUAACAAAUGUAAUUUUUCACAUGGGGUUAUUUGCUUAUAAUGUGGAGUUCAGUAGUAAAAGGUUUUUAUUAAUUUUUACGUUAUUUUUAGCUUCUUAAUUGAAACAUUAAUAGAUUAAAAUCAGUUGAAUUAUUUGCUGAUUUGUCCAUAUUUCAACAUUUAAUAUCAUACGUCUUUCCUCU